AAAAGGGGAGGAGCGGACCAGGCAAGAAGCCGCUGUACGCUGUGUGUGUUGAGUACGUGUGUGUAUGUGUGGCCAGCCUGUCGCCCGCUCCCAUACGCCGAGGCUGAGAAAACAGUGGGAAUUGGAGAGCUCAGUAGCAUCUGCCAACAGCAUUCACUUCGCGGACAAUUCAUUACUCAAACGAAGUAGCUGUGUGCAUUUGAAUGGGCAUACAAAGUGACAGAAGCCGUGCUAUCGUCUCAUGCUAGCUACGUAACGUUAGUUUAGACUGACAAUGAAACAAAAGCGUGCAAUGUGUCAAGGGGAACAUUCCACUUAAAACGCCACGGAAAACACAAGGACACUGGAUCUGUAAUUUAAGAGGAAAGGUUGAUUUGGGGGAAAGAAGAAUCACCUUUAAUUGUAAUGUGAUUCCACUAGAGACUUCAUUCGGCAAAGCCUGGUUCCUCCUGAGAAGCUGCCUCCAGCCCUGCCUCUCUCUCUUUCUCUGUGUGGAUGAUGUCGCGGCACAACCAGCGCUUCGAGAGGGACUUCCGCGGCACAUGGGAGCGGCGUGAGCGCUUCGUCUCCCUGGCCGGUGCCGCCCCCGGCAACAACAACAACAACAACGGUGGCCUGGCCAAUGGCUGCGCAGGAGGCGGAGUCUCGGUGCCCAGCGGCGGCAACAACCGCCCAGGACUCCUCCCCCUGCCCAUCAUCCCGUCCCUGCUGCCCACGCCGGUCACCGUGGCGACCACCACCUCCAGCAGCGAGCUGGCCUGCAAGCGCCUCGUCCCACCCCCCACCAGCUCCAACUCAAAGGUGCCCGGGCUGCCCGCGGGGGAGAGCCAGGCUCAAGGGCAGGUCCUGGGCUCCGGGGUGCGGUGGGGGCAGACGCCCAUCAACCAGUCCACGCCGUGGGAGACGGACGAGCCCCCCAUCAAACAGAUGCGGGAGAAGGACCUCACAGGGCCUCUCUGGCCCCCAGUGGUCACGGUGAGCCAGCCCAGCCUCCUGGGCCACUCCUACGGGAUGCCCCACGCCCCGGCCUACAGCCAGGGUGUGACGGUGCAGGCCCCCAUCAUCGGGGUGACUCCCACGCUGCCGGUGCCCCCGCCUCACCCGCUCAUGAGCGCCCACUACCAGAUGCCCCAUCAUCCGGGGCAGCCCCUGGCCAACAUGGUGCUCAACGCGCACAACCAGCCGCUGGGCGUCGCCGGCCUGCCGCCCAUCACCAUGUCCCCCAUGACGGGCGUCUGUCAGGUGGCCCACCCCGUUCACACCGUGGUUGGCAACGGCCACAUGCCCAACCCCAUGGUGCCGCCUGCCUCCUGCAUGCCCACCGCCACCCUACUCACCAACGGCCAGGCGGCGUUGCAGCCCCCCGCCCCGCCCGUGCCACCCCCCCCUGCAGAGGGGAGUAAGGGCCUGCAGAUGCUUCGGACUGUGGGCAUGGGGAAGUAUGAGUUCACCGACCCCUGGCAUCCCAAAGAGAUGUUGAAGGAAUUGAACCAGCAGCGGCAAGCGAAAGAGUUUACAGACCUGAAAAUUAUUGUUGAAGGCAAAGAAUUUGAAGUCCACCAAAAUGUUCUAGCUUCCUGCAGCUUAUAUUUCAAGGACAUGGUUAAAAGGUUGUCGGGGGAGAGCCGGAGCGGCGAGAAGCUGCGGUUGAUCAUGAGCAACCUGAGCGCCGACGUGCUGGAGCUGCUGCUGGAGUUCGUCUACACCGGCUCGCUCAUCAUCCACUCCGCCAACGCCAAGACCCUGCUGGAGGCCGCCAACAAGUUCCAGUUCAACACCUUCUGCAAAGUCUGCGUCUCCUUCCUUGAGAAGCAGCUGACGGCCAGUAACUGCCUGGGGGUGCUAGCUAUGGCCGAGGCAAUGCAGUGCACGGAGCUCCACAACAUGGCCAAGGCCUUUGCCCUGCAGAACUUUCCGGAGGUGGCCAGCCAGGACGAGAUCCUCAGCAUCUCCAAAGACGACCUGGUCAGCUACAUGUCCAAUGACAGCCUCAACACCAAGGCCGAGGAACUGGUCUACGAGACGGUCAUCAAGUGGAUCAGGAAGGAGCCUGGCAGCAGAGUACAGCACUUGUCAGAGUUACUGGCCGUGGUGCGUCUGCCCUUCAUCCACCCCAGCUACCUGCUGAAUGUGGUGGACAACGAGGAGCUCAUCAAGUCCUCAGAGGCCUGCCGUGACCUGGUCAACGAGGCCAAGCGCUACCACAUGCUGCCGCACGCGCGCCAGGAGAUGCAGACGCCACGCACCAGGCCCCGGCUGUCGGCAGGUGUUGCCGAGGUGAUUGUGCUGGUGGGGGGUCGGCAGGUCAUUGGCAUGAACCAUCGGUCCCUGACAGCCGUCACCUGCUUCAACCCGCAGAACAACAAGUGGUACCCCCUGGCCAGCCUUCCCUUCUACGACCGCGAGUUCUUCUCCGUCAUUUCAGCAGGGGAUAAUAUCUACCUGUCAGGUGGAAUGGAGUCAGGAGUCACUCUGUCAGACGUGUGGUGCUACAUGUCCCUGCUCGAUAAUUGGAACCUGGUGUCCCGGAUGACAGUGUCCCGGUGUCGGCACAACAGCGUGGUCUACGACGGCAAGCUCUACGCAAUCGGCGGCCUCGGCGUGGCGGGGAACCUGGAUAACGUCGAGAGGUACGACACCAUCACAAAUCAGUGGGAGACGGUGUCACCCCUCCCCAAGCCGGUGCACUCGGCGGCGGCCACCGUCUGCGGGGGCAAGAUUUACGUGUUCGGGGGCGUGAACGAGGCCGGCCGCUCCGCAGGAGUACUGCAGUCCUACAUGCCCCAGACCAACACCUGGAGCUUCAUCGAGUCGCCCAUGAUCGAUAACAAAUACGCUCCGGCUGUCACUCUCAAUGGCUUUAUCUUCAUUCUGGGUGGGGCCUACGCCCGGGCCACCACCAUCUACGACCCCGAGAAGGGCAACAUAAAAGCCGGACCCAACAUGAACCACUCCAGGCAGUUCUGCAGCGCUGCCAUCCUGGACGGGAAGAUCUACGCCACAGGUGGGAUCGUGAGCAGCGAGGGGCCGGCGCUGAGCAACAUGGAGGCCUUUGACCCGUGUGCCAACGCCUGGAAGCUGCAGCAGAGCCUGCCGUGCCCGCUCUUCAGACACGGCUGCGUGGUCAUCAAGAAGUACAUCCAGAGCGGCUGACGCGGGCGAACAUGAGCCCGCACCCACGCGCCUCACCGCCGUGCACACACAUCCGCCCCCAGGAUUAGCAGUGGUGACAUUGAUGCCUGGCGUGAAUCCCCCCACACACACCCUGUUCACCCCCCCCCCCCUCCCUGCUCACACACACUGACAGACUCUCACAUACAUACAUACACACACACACCUCUCCCUCUCCCCUUGCCCUCUCUGUUAUGCUCUCACCCCCCCCCCCUCCUGUAGAGUCUCCUCCACAGAAUGUAGAAGUUAAUCUUCACCGUUCAGUGCAAACAGGGCCAGCGCCUCAGCAGUGUGACAUCGUGUAACCGAUCCCACCUUGUGGCGCUUGAUCUAGUUGUUUGUAGUGGCACUAGCCUUAACACUAUCGUUGUCGGGUUGAUUCAAGCGCGAGUGUGUGUGUGUGUGUGUGUGUUUUUGUGCGUGUGUGUGCGCAUGUGUUCGUGUGUUUUUCCACUGGUCAAGUUACAGCUGGGGGGAUUUCUUUUCUUACUGCUUCAGCUUAUGUUUUCAUAAGGACAUUUGCACUGAUUUUCCCUUGUCUGUUGUUUAUUUUUUGUGUUGCUAUUGUUGUUGUUGUUUGUUUCAUUUAUAAUGUAGACUUGUGAACUGGCUCAGUCUUAGCUGAUCAGUGUAACGCUUUGCUCUGUUAAUCAUUUUUUUAUUUAGUUUGUUUCAUUGCAGAGAUUGUCACUGUAUUUAUGCCGUGAGUAGGACCCGACAUGCUCCCUUUAUGUUUCAUGUUUCACAAAGGAGCUACCUUAUCAAUGUUAGCAAUUUGCCGUUUAUAGAUUUGUCCAGGCGCCACAUCUGGGGCAAUCGCUAACCUUCACUUCACCAAUAGGCUCUGUACAAAAUCAGCAAGGAAGUGCACAUAUCUUGAAUGUGAAAGUCAUUCCUCGGAAACCCUUGAGUGAUUUACAACGCUCGUCACAAAGUCAACACUGCUGCUGCUGCUGGCGCUGAAGCCAGGCUCCCGCCCAUGCUCUGGGGUAACACUGCCCCAAUCCUGUGACUUUAUACGCCCACAGCAAGGAGCAGGGGGCCUGGAAGCCAACUCAUCCAUAUCCGAGGAGCGAGACACAAGAUGGCUGCCAACGGACUCUCUCUCGAAACAGCCUCUCUACUUGCACUCAGCCAAAGCACAAGACCCGUAACGGCUCCCAAGCAGACGCGCUCCAGUAUGCCUUUUUUCUUUGUUGCGUUUGUUGCAUCUGUGUUGCCCAGGGACCCUGGGGGAUUGGGACAUUGUUCCACUGGACUGCUGGGGUAAUGAGGGAGGGAGUCUCUGUAAAUUAUUGGGAGAAGAAAAUAUGUUUAUUUUAGGAACUCAAAAGUGAUGAUUGUUUUUAGAAAAACAGAUAGUUGGAAAAAAUAUCCUGUACCAAAAAAAAAACAGAGAAAGCUGAUCAUCAAUAGCUGUUAUUGUUUGAUUAAUGAUGGAGUGUCAUUAAUGACAACAGUGAUGACUGUGAAAAAAUUAUAACUACAAAAUUCAUGACCUGAAAAGUUGUUUUAUUUCUUUGUCUCUUACUUUACACUACAUUAUAGAGGGAAGAUGCGUAUCCUUGUAUAGAUGCGUUUUGCUUGUCUCACUGAGGUCUGUUUUUAUGCAGAACUACUUAUUACCAAAUGGGGUUAAGUGAAGUUUUCAAGGUUACUGAUUUAAAAUCACUUUCAUUAACAUGAGUCAAAGUAAUUUACUCCAAUUAAAGUCAGUAUAUUGCUAGGGUUUUUAAGCAGAAGAAGACGCAAACAGAAUCCAAAAUUAUUACUAUCAGUUUGAUCUCAGAAGCACAAUGCUCAGGAAAAGACUGGAGUAACAUUUUAAUGAUGAACGGCCACGUUCGUUACACAGAUAGUUCACUAAUCAAGCUAGCGCAAUCAAGUGGCUGCAGACAAGUAGCCCUUUAGAGUUAGCUAGCUUUAGCCUUACUACUAACUCCCCAGCUUAAUUUCUGUAUAGUUCUUUCCAAACAUACAGUCCCACUGAGAAAAUAAAGAACCAUAACUUCUUCUGCAACAAACUCUCAUAGAAAACAAAUUAAAGUAAUCUCAUUGGCUGUCAGCACCUCCACCCUGAUUGGCAGACACCUUCCUUACAGAAGUAUAUAUCUAUACACAAUACAUGAAUUCACAUUAACACAUUCUUAUGAACUGCCACACAUGGCUUUGACUGUAUUUUCAAUGUUUUUAAACUCAAACAUGAAUUUAAUCAAUUUAGGAUGGUCCUACGUCAGCCUCCUAUACAUCCACUCUAAGUUUGAUAAUUAGCCCUUCUAGGGCAUGUUUAUGACGUUAUAAUGUUGUCUUAUGUCAAGUUGUCACAACAACAACAACAACAGACAUCCCAAACAAUGUCAACUUUGCAUUACAAAUGAUAUAAUUGACCGAAUGACACAUUCAUAAAGACUCCCUCAUGUUCAUGACCAGUGACAUGUCAUGGUUAUGACUGUGUCAUGUCAGUCUUCUGCACACCCCUUCAGAUAAAGGGUUACCAAGUCUGGUGUAAAAUAGUGAUGAUUGGGUGCUCAUCAUGACAAAAGGGAAAUUUGAGUUUUUCCAAGAUGAGCCGUGUUGUGGAAACCUUCUUGCUGUUCGCUCAUAGACAUGAUAUGACUGGGGAUAUUACUGGUUGCAGUCAAAGUAAUUUCGUACCCGGGUCUUCAAAACAUGAUUAUUAUUCUAGUUUCCCCCCAUGUCUUCCCCGAGCUGUCCUGGAGGGUGAUGGAGACAUCUAAUUGACAUUAAAAUGACUCAACCUAGCAGGCUCAGGCUGCCAAGGCCACCAAGACCGUCUGCAUCUUCCAGCCGCACCACCUGUCAAGUUCCAUCUUCCCCACUCCACCCCUCCCCCUCGCACACCACCCGUUAUCUCGCCCUCAUAUAGUGUAUCAGUGUC